GUUGCCUCUCAGCUAAAUAGCUAUUUACGGGAUUACCAGAACCAUUCCUUUAGGAUCUCCCGCCGAACAUAUAAACAACGAUUCCCCGAAUGUAUAGGUUAUUUAGUCAGUCCCAACAGCUUUCUGCUCCAUUGGGUAGGAUUGCCUGGCCACAGCACAAUCGCAAAACUAUUACUACUCAGCUAGGUCGGCCAGCGCUCAGAGCAGCCAGCACCAUGCCGCCGCAAACAAUAAUUGCAGAAGCAGCUCGAAAUGCUCGGGCCGCCACACAUGAUUUCCGAAGCGACACUGCCACUCUGCCAACCAGCAGCAUGCUGUCAUCAACCAUUACCGAAGCCCCGCGCUACGGGGACGACGUCUUCUCCCAGGACGAGCCCACGAGCGCCCUAGAGACUUACGUCGGGGAAUUGACGGGACUGGGAAAUGCCCUCUUCGUCUCAUCGGGCACGAUGGGCAACCAAUUGGCUCUGCGCGCGCUGUUACAUCAACCACCUCACUCUGUCGUCUGCGGCCGGCAGAGUCACGUCUUCGUGCACGAAUGCGGCAUGGCCUCUAUGUUUUCACAAGCGCAUCUCAUCCCCGUGCUAAACAGUCCGCACAUGAGUGAUAGCAAUACCAAUAACGAGCAGCAAAAGUCAUACAUGACUCUAGAAUCUAUCAUCCCCAACAUUGUCCCCGCCGACGGCGAGAUCCACGGCUCCCCAACGCGCAUCAUCGCGCUGGAAAACACACACAACGGGCAAAUCACCCCCGUCUCAGAAGUCAAGCGCAUAGGGGAAUACGCCCGCCAGUGCGGGCUAAAAGUACACAUGGACGGCGCCCGGCUCUGGAACGCAUGCUAUCCACCCUCCAGCGCCGGCAUGGCGCCCGCACAGGCGGCGGAAACCGCCAAAUCAUUACUCCGCGAAUACUGCUCGCACGUGGACACGGUCAGUUUGUGUUUCUCUAAAUCCCUAGGUGCGCCUGCCGGCUCCAUCCUGGCCGCCAGGUCGCCAGAGGUGAUUGCCCGCGCCCGUCAUCUGCGCAAAGCACUGGGCGGCGGGAUGCGGCAGACCGGGAUCCUUACGGCGCCUGCGCGCGUGGCGAUUGACGAGGUGUUUCUGGCCGGUGAGCCGUUGUUGCGAGCCAAUGCGGUAGCGAGGGAAUUGGAGGAGGAGUGGGUGGCGCUGGGAGGCGCUGUGAUGACUGGUCUUGCCCAGGAGACGAAUAUGGUUUGGUUGGAUUUGGGAAGGGCGGGGGUUGCGGGGGAGGAGCUUGAGAAGAUUGCGGAGGAAGAAGGGGUGCGCGUCUACGCGCCGAGGAUUGUAACGCAUUAUCAAAUAAGCGCGGAUGGCCUGGCUGCUAUGAAACGGGUCCUUAAGCGGACCAUGGAAUUGAGCAAGAAGAAGAAGAGUGAGGGUGCGGAGGUGCCCUGACGGGAGCUCAGGGGGACUCUUUACAAACCCAGAAAAGCUGAAUGAAUUAA